AUGUCUUCAGCUACCGAGUUGCCGUUCACGCUCAACGACCCGUCCCUGUUCAAGGACCAGUCCCACGUCAACGGUCACUGGGUCGAGGCCAAGUCCGGCAAGCGAUUCAACGUCAUCGAUCCCGGCUCCGACAAGACCUGGGCGUCGUGCCCGGACAACGGCCCCGAAGACGUCGACGCCGCCGUCGACGCCGCCCACGCCGCCUUCCAGACCUACCGCACCGUCAACCCGCGGCGGCGCGCGCAGCUGCUGAUGGCCUGGCACGCCCUCAUCGACGCGCACAAGGAGGACCUCGCCACCCUCAUCACCUUUGAGAGCGGCAAGCCUCUCGCCGAGUCCCGUGCCGAGGUCGCCUACGCGCAGGGCUUCGCCUGGUGGUUCGCUGGCGAGGCCGAGCGCAUCCGCGGCUCCCUCGCCGUGCCAUCCGCGCCCUCCCGGCGCGUCCUCGUCGUCAAGCAGCCCCUGGGGGUCGCCGUCGCCCUCGUCCCCUGGAACUUCCCCGCGGCCAUGGUCCUCCGCAAGGCCGCCGCCGCGCUCGCCGCCGGCUGCACCAUGGUCGUCAAGCCGUCGCCCGAGACGCCCCUGACCACCCUCGCGCUCGCCGAGCUCGCCGUCCGCGCGGGCUUCCCCGCCGGCGCGCUCAACGUGCUGACCACCUCGCUGGCCAACACGCCGCCGCUGUCCGAGGCGCUCUGCCUGCACCCCCGGGUCGCCAAGGUGUCGUUUACGGGGAGCACGCGCGUCGGCAGGCUGGUGGCCGGGCUCUGCGCGCGCGGGCUCAAGCGCUGCACGCUGGAGCUGGGCGGCAACUGCCCGUUCGUCGUCUUUGACGACGCGGACCUGGAGCGCGCGGCGGAGCAGUUCGCGGCGCUCAAGUGGCGGCACGCGGGGCAGGCGUGCGUCGCGGCCAACCGGCUGUACGUGCAGGCGGGCGUGCUGGAGGAGUUUACGCGGAUGGUGGUGGAGCGGACGAGGGGGCUGGUGGUCGGCCACGGCGCGGAGGAGGGCACGACGAUGGGCCCGGUGACGACGCCGGCGGGCGUGAGCAAGGCGGAGGCGCAGGUCGCGGACGCGCUGCGGCUCGGCGGGAGGUUGGUGCUCGGCACAGGGGAGGGAGGGCUGGGGGAGGGCGCGGGAGUACGUGGCGGCGCGGGGGGGUACUUCAUGAAGCCGACAAUCUUGACGGGCAUGACGCAGGACAUGCUGAUGUCGCGCGAGGAGACGUUCGCGCCCGUUUGCGGCAUCUACUCGUUCGACACGGAGGAGCAGGUGACGCGUUGGGCCAACGAUACGAGCAUGGGUUUGGCAAGCUACAUCUUUACGAAGAACAUGGACCGCGUGUUUCGUCUGACGGAGAAUCUUGACGCUGGCAUGAUUGGUGUGAAUACUGGCAACAGCUCGGCCGCGGAAAGCCCCUUUGGGGGAAUGAAGGAGUCGGGCUACGGAAAGGAGAGUGGAAAGGAUGUCGCGAUCGAGGAAUAUCUCGUGGCCAAGACUGUGACGGUUACCCUGGAGGACCAUUUCUGA